AUGGCUAUGCAGCAGAUCUGGGACAACUUAAAAAACAUCAAAGGGAAGCUUAAAGGAGUUCAUAAGCAGUGCUAUGCUAACCUGGAGACUAGAAUUGCUCAAAUUAUAGAGCAAUUGGAUGUCAUUCAGACCAACAUUGCUACUAACAGAACUGAAGAUCUUUUUGUGCACGAAGCUGAAUAUGUAAUUCAAUUGAAGAAGCUAUUGGUCAUUGAAGAAAGUGCUUACAGGCAAAAAUCAAGAAUUCAAUGGCUCAAUCUGGGGGUUAAACUCACUACUGCCAUUGACAUUCAAGUAGAAGUUAUGCAUUUUGAAACUGGUUUACUGGGGACUGCUACUCAGGAACUCCCAGGGGUUGACAUUGCUCUUGUAAGAGCAGGGGCUCAAGUUCAGCAUGCUGAUGUUCGCUAUCUGAUACAACCAGUUACUCAUGAUGAGAUUGAUUUGGCUCUUCAUAACAUUGAUCAAAUUAAAGCUCUAGGGAUUGAUGGUUUUAACAGCUUGUUCUUCAAGAGAAGCUGGCAUAUAUGA